UAUUCAACUCUGGAAUUUUCUCAAGUCUUUAUUAACAUUUCAGUACACAGUGACUGUGAACUUCGAUGCUUUUUUGAAGUAUCCCGGGUAAAUAGAGAAGGGAGACAGUGCGCAUGCGCGCGUGCUUUAUCUGCUCCGAGAAGAAGCCGCGCCUCCUUUAGCUAUUGAACAGUGAAUUCUAACGAUAUGUAAUGUAACGUAUUAGGUACCUUUGAGCACGUGUGGUACAUGUAGGAUGUGAGUAUAUAGCACGGGAAUGACUAUGUAAAUGAGAGAAGCGAAUUAUUUAACGGUCGUAGCGGCGAAUCGUUCGAGCGAAUCGGUGGCAAUAACCUCGAUGACGUUGUUCGCACUUAUAGAUCAGUGAUGAUUAACAAUAACGAUCAAUGAGGAUUACUUGCAUCAUCAUCAUAUUCUGUGAGUUCAUAUCAUGCUACGCAUGUGCUACUAAUCGUCAGUAGCAAUAAUAGAUAGACUCAUUGGAAUUCAAGUAGAGACAGAAAACUUGAAAUCAUAACCUUGUAAUCGAGUUAGCGACUUGAGCUUUCUGCCCAUCGUCCAUCGUUACCUACGGGCUAUCACUGAAUGACAGUAAUUUCCUCGUGGCCACCAGUGCACUGGGAUACGAGUACCAUGGCUUCUAUUCUGUGAGAAAUCUUGAUAUAUCAAUACUUCUCACUGUACUCAUCAUUUCUGACCGGUUUAUCUUCUUCUUCCUUCAUCUUAUGGACCAUGGACCCCCGUGAUAUUACCGACAAUAUGUCGCAAGAUCCUCUCUCUUCGGCGCUAAUGAUGCACUCGCCCCGACAUCUUUAUUAUGCAUUCCUUCUCUGGAUUUGAGAUUGCGCAUUGGAUAUGAAUCUUCAGAGCAUAUUAUGACUUGAUAUUGCGUCAGGUUUUUAAUUUAUUUCUGUUGUCAUGUGUAUAUGAUCUUUUUAUUUUCGUUUAAUAUCUAAUGGACACUUUUCGCUGUGGCAAUUUAAAGAAAAUUCUUUUUAAUUAUCUUCCAGUCGCCUUCUUCUCUAUACCUCGUGGCAAAGAACGAAGCGAAGCUGUAAACCCUUUGGCGUCCACGAAAAUGUUUAUGGGGUUGAACAGCUUUAUGGUUAACCAUGAAACGACGUGUGCUCGUAAAAUUCGCGCAUCAGAAAAAUCCGGCUUCGCUUCGCUAAUAAGUAAUGGCGACGUGAACAAGUACAGGUGGUAUACACCUUUGGUAUAAGGUAUACUGUAGAAAAAUAACGAAAGAGAAAGAGAGAGUAUUAUUAUUAAGAGAAUUAAUUUCUUUUUUCUUUUCUUCUCAAAUAUGGGCAGAGGAAAAGGGUUACGAGAAUUUUGCGUAUUAAAUUAUUGUAAUAGAGAUUGCGCGACAUAUACUCGUUAUUAUCGUUCGAGUCACGACUAUUUCUUGAAUAUUAUUAGGAUGAGAUUGAGCUGAUUAACUAUUAAAUAAUUCUUUUUUGGAAUCACCACAGUGCAAUCGUGACUAACAGCCUAUUCAUCUAUACAAUCAAUUUUUAAUCACAUUAGCCAAUACCUUGGGACGUCGUUUAUGAAAUGAGAAUCUCUGCGCGAGUCGGUAUAACUUUCAUAACAUCCAAUUAAAAUAUUUUACAUGUUAGAGCUCCCUAAUGACACCUAUAGCAUGUCCAUUGAAAAGUGAGACUUCUCAUCAGUAAAUUAAUCUCGAUAUAGUAUUCGGCUUUGGUAGUACUGUUAAUGAUUAUAAAAUGUGGCUAUACAGAAAGCAUGUAGAAUAGUAAGAAGGAGGGCGUGAUGAGAAAAAAGAUAAAAUACAGACGUAGUAAGAGUCGCCUAUAAAGAACGAUUAGAAGUCAAAAUCAUGAAGAUAUACGUGAAAGUAUGUAGAAUAGUGCGGAGAGCGAGACGAGAAAAAAAUAAAGAAGAUAAAAUAUAGAAAUAGGAAGAGUCGCUUAUAAAGAGGGAUUAAAAGUCAAAAUCAUGAAUAUAUAUGCUAUUCAUUCGACUUAAUAAAACUCAUUGAUUACACCGGUCAUUGAAUGAUACCGUCAACAGAUAAGAAGUUCAUCAUGAAUCAGUCACUUUCUCGUCAAACCGUAUCUCCAUUAAAUUUAAUUAAUCAGCCAGUUCAAAUACUUGUAAUGGAAGAGAUAGACCUACAGCGAGAGAAGAUAGAGACUAACCUAAAGUUGAAAACUAAUAAGAUCCUAGAAGAAUGGCAAGCAGCUUACUCUGAAAAGUGGCAGGAGUUGAUUGUUUUUCGUGACCAUAAGGAUGAAACUUCAGAAUAUAAUUAAAGCUACGUCCAAAUAAGAAAGAGAGAAAGAGAACGGAGCAGAGUGAGAUAGAUAAUUAAAAAAGAAUCUAUCGACAGAGAAGAUCUGGACCAAUCAUUUUGAGAUUCAAUCUUUCUAAUGAAUGUAUGCUUCUUGUUGAGUCAUUGUCAUUAGACAUACAUUACAUAUGUCCUACUUGUCAAGUACUAAUCAAAGGCUCAUUAGUGAUCAUUAGGAGGUCAGUCAUUAUGUCAUCACUUCGACAAUUGAAUCUUCUAAUAUCAUCAUGUCAUUAUAAUCUCUGUACGAGAAGAGAAGUGAGAUUUGAUUUGAUCAUACCGACAGAUAAAUCACAUACAGAUACUUAAUGACCUGUAUCACAAGUGGUAAUGAUCUUCGUUUCUCUUGAGGAUGAAAGGAAGACGAAAAAAUCGAAGUCAUGAAAUAAUAUUAAAGAUUACACAAAAAAAAGUGUCGUUAACAAUGAUGAUUUAUAUUGGCAUAAAAUUCAUGGGAUGCUGGAUGUACCGACUGACUGUGGAACAGAUGGUCAUGCGAACUUGCUGACUACAGAUUAUUAUUGUCGAGUGUCAUUGUGCUUUACGGGCAAUGGCGUCGCUAACAACCACUAUAAAAUGUAUAAAUAUACAAAGCAGAUGUUGGAGAUACGGAUACGAGAAAUUACUUGUCGCCUCGACGCACGGCGUCGUUCAAAAAGAGAAGGAAGCGUGCGGCACGCGUUUUGAUAAAAAAAAACAGUCUAAGAAGUGAACAGAAGAGAAAAAAAAAAUUAUGAAAAUAAUAUAGUACCGCAAUUCUCGAGAAUAUUCGUCAUACACAAAUUUCUUAUAUACCCGUCGAGCAAACAGUUUUUUUUCAAUGUAUACAACUAUUCACAUAAGUCCCUAUGUAUUUCGAAAAUGUCAGUUCAGCGUCAUGUGGCGAACACGAGUCUCUGGAAUUUUUGACGCGUCCACAAUCUCACGAUCAAAUAAUAUUUUUCAUACACGAAUACGAUUCCAUCGUAGCAUCGUACUUUUUCGUAAAAUACUAUCAUUUAUUUAUAUAGUUUUAUUAUGCGUAUUAAAAGCUUGGCGCUGUCCAAGACUUGGAUUGAUUUAUGGCUCUGGACUAUCAUGGAAACUGUAUCUGACGUGUACCAAGCUGAUUUAAUUGUCAGUUAUCGCCAGUGAUUUCCAUGAAUCCGAUGUGGAAUUUCGUGGUACUCCCGUGGAUAGGGCAGGAGAAUUUGCGCGGUAUUUAAAGCGCGAUUUACACGUCUGGUUUAAAGGCCGGUUUUUAUUGCGGUAAAUGCCAAGUCAGGAUUUAAUACGGUAUUUCUUGUCGCCCGUCUUGUCUCCUUCUAAUUUUUCUGCCUGUAUAUUUCUUCCUCUUUCUCUACAACAACCAUCCUUUUUUUCAGUACGUCUCACCCCGAGCAGCCUUCGCACAGCCAUAUCCAUACAGCCAAGCUACGUCGAUUCGAUCCAAUCGAAAUUGUCCGGCCUAUACGUGGAAUUCGCCUGCUAUACCAUUUCUAUACAUGUACCCCGUUGCUUAAAGCGCGUGGAGAAUCUCACGUAAUAAAGCCCUGCAUAGGGUAUACAGGGUAUAUAAACGCUGGCUGGUUGCGUCGGGUACGGGAAGAGGAACAAAAAAAUAAAGAUGGAGAAAUGCGACAUUGGAGUGUCAGCCUUCUUUUAACGGGCGAUCAAACGGAGCUUAAGAAUACAAUAUGACGAAGUGCAAAGUACAAAGUCACAUGGACGUAUGUCUGCGCUAUACGUAUCCUGGUACCAUUACCACUUAUUGGAGGACAGUUAUGUUCUGUAGGAUAUUAAUGGAAAAGGAAAACCACAUGGACCGCAGGUACCGCAAAAGGAUUUACGGAAUCUCCUUCUUAAAGGUGGUUCAGGUAGCCGUCUGCAAUCCUAGGGGCUUAAAAUGAUCAUGCUGAUCUUGAUUUUACGAGGCAACCAGGAGUCUGGUGCAGUCUGAGAUGCAUUGAAUGCAACUGGUAUAUCUAAGGGUGUGGCUCGAUGCUGUGGAAAGAAGAUGUUAGCCAGUAGAGCAUAGAGGAAGAAAAUCAUUUGGAAAAGAAGAAGGAAGCUUAAGAAACCCAGUUCUGAAGCUGUCUUAUAAAUAAUUAUUAUCCUGGACCAUUCGUUAGCCUUAUUUAAUCGGCCAUUGGCAGCUGUAACUUUCCAGCUUUAUAUACACUGUCCUAUCCAAAUAUUCUCAGUGAAUCUUUUUCAUUGGUAUUUUCGCGCUUUAAAUAUUUCAUUUUCAUUGUCAUUUUUAUGUCUCUUAUAUAGGGACUGGUUCAUUGAUAUAAGAUUGUGGAUAAUUGAUACUCAGUGUUAAACUAGUCUAAUGCCACGGAUUUCAGAAUUGAUAUCUUUAUUAGGAAAAAAUGGCUAUCUGGUAGUUGUAUCUUGUAAGUCCUAUAAAAUCUAUUCUAAACGUAUAUCUAUAUUGCCAUAUCUGUACAGAGCCGUUCAACUUGUACGUAACAGGUGGCUUUGACAGCUGUCAAACGAUUACUUUACGGUAUUUCAUGAUACUUCAGUGGCAAACAUUAAAUAAGGAAUUCGAUAGUGACAUUGAAGAUUUUUAUAAAACUUUAAUGGUAUAUACAUAUAUAUAAUACUUGGCAAUUUUAUGGCUAAAUCAAAUUUCAUAAAGACUGUCAAUUCUUAUUGGCACGUCUGAGGUGGAUGGACCUGUACAUACGCAUAGCUAUAUAAAUUUGUAUUUACAUAGUCUAAGCCGAAUGAUAUGCACAUACGAAAUAGCCUGUCCAUUAAAAUGUUAAUCUAUAGGGGUUUACUUUCAUCUGCUUCUUCGUCGAUUGAUCUAUACCAGAUAAAGACAGCCGAAUCAAUUAAUCACGUGUAUCAUUAAGGCUAAAGACAAUGUACUCAUUAUGCCAAUUGAAGUGAAGAGACUUUCUCAAUGUCAGAGAAUCUUUCCUACAUUCCAUCACGGAAUAUAAUGCCGUGGAGAAGAUGCAUCUGAUUUUGUUGAUAGUCGCGCUCAGCCUCUUGCGAUUUCUGCCAGCCUCACUCGGUCAAGAUUUCCUGGUAACCAGACACGGAGAUGGCGACAUCUUUACUAUUAAUGGUUCCUGCACAGAAGCUUGUACGAUACUGAGUAGCGGAACAGCCAGCCCUUAUCCUAAGUCCACUGGGAAUUUUGGUCAGUUAUCAAUAUCCAAUAGUUCCUGUAUGUGCCAGUGCAAUAAGGCGCUUCCGGUAUUUCGUGAGGAUCUUCACAUAUGCGUGGACGACAUUAACGAAUGCAGCGUGGCAGGCUUCCUAAGCCAUUCCGGUAACGUGGAGGCAAUACCUUAUGUUUUUCUACCGCAACGUGAACAGAUCAUUUAUCCUCAGGCUGAGAUUCGAUUCCAAGGCGUCGCAACUCCAGUUUGUGGGAUUACCGGUGCUCAGCAACUUGGUAAAAGCGGAUGGAUGGGACUGCGAAACCUUUCUGAUGCCGAACCACCUUUCAGACUAUUCAGGGACGAAGGUCGAACAUUUCUGCAGUGGAUCGGUGAUGCUGAACUCAGGGAUGCUACAGAGGGCAGAGUCGUCUUAGCCAGAUUAGUUUGCAGAGAUGCUUCGCCAUCUACAACCAAGCCAACAGUGUUCACACCGUGCGUUGCAUUCAGGGUGGCAGGUUCACCAUCUAAAAAUAGUGUAAGGGAAGUGAUGUUCUCACCAUCCGGAUCUACCAGCCAAGGAUUAUCCACGAUAGAGUACACAGCCAUUGGAGUAUCAUCCGUAUUGCUGGCGCUGAUUUAUAUAGCCAGCGUCUCCCUGUAUCUGCAGAGCAGAAGGGCGAGACGGAAACGAUUUCAGGAACCGGAAGCACCUCACGCAAAUGGUAGAGAUCCUGGAAUUGUUAAGAAUAAUCCACUUCUCUCGGCUGGCCGACAUUUUGAGAGUGAUACCAAUAGUGGACUUAGUGAAAGUGACCUUGGGGAUGACCUUGGGCAAAGCGAUGGAGAACCUGGUUUCGAAAAUCAGAUAACAUCAGCCAUUGUUCAUCCUCACUGUGUCUACCUGGAACCUGGAACGGAAGGAUUCUUCGGUUCAGGAUCAAUUCUUGGCGAAAGGAUUCCAGACGAAGACGUUCGCAUUGUUGAGACUGUCGAGAAUGCUCAUCUGCAGGAUUUUCCAGCUCUGCCUGGAACACAGCGCCGGAAGUUGUACUUCAAUCCUGCUUACUUUGACCGACAGUUACUAUUGGCACCGCCACCGGCAGCUGUUGAAUUUCUUAUGAAGAUAAGAGAAGUGAUAUCAAUUGCUAAACAUAAAAUGGCUGUCAAGAAAUUUGUUCCUACACUGAAUGGGAUCCCAGAGGAAGAACGUUCGGUAUCAGAAAAGGAGAGCUCGGCAAAACCGAGAGUAAAUUCGGUUCAAGGUUCUGUAGCUAGAUCCAGGAAGUCACAGGGAUGUACCGGAUGUCCUGGCUGUCAAGAUAUCAUAGCCUUACCAGCUCCUAGCCAACCAUGUCCUGGCGAGAGCAGAAUAAGAGCUUGGUUACAGGAUGUCAAACCUCCUGAACGCCGUUGGAAGGAUCCUGAGGAGAGUAAAAGGAAUUUUCAGGAAAAUGCCAGGAACUUCGCCAGGAGUUUAGAAUAUUUGAAGAAUGUGGCGAGGCAGGAUAUCAUUCAGGAUGGGUCUCAAUUGAAUGCCAGGACGUUAUCAGUCUGGAAGAAUAAACCUGCGAUGCUUCGUUCUUUCCAGGAGAUGGCACGAAGUGAGAUCUUAGAUAAUGAAGACAGAUACAGUGUCUCUAAAAGAUCUACCAAGUCCAUGUUCGAGCAAUCGAUUUAUGACAGAUUCUCCAGAGUCGCUGAUGCCCAUCAGGUCAAUAAUCUAAAUGCCAAGGUCCAACAGAUCAUUGAAAAUUCCUUCAAAAAGCAAAUGGAAGAGAGCAUCGGCUUAGAGGAGGAUCAGAAGAGAUUCGUUCCUACGUUUUCUUGCGAAGAAGCCACUUCCGUAAUUCCUCAGGACUCUGAAAAAGCAUCCUUGAAAAAUUCUUUGUACCGGGAUAACACGUUAUCUAGCAAAACAAGCCGGAUAAGAUCUCAUAAAGAUUCAAACAAACUUCCGGAUAUGAUAACGGAGCUUCCUGGUUCGAAAAAUCCGACGAAACGAAUUAUGGAUGCUGUAAUUCGUGAGAUGGUAGAUGUCAAGGCUCUGGACCAGGUAUCUAAGACUGGAAAAGUAAUAGACUACGAAGUGGAUAGUCUGGAGAGAUCUAAAUCAAGUCGAAAAUCAUCACCAGAUCAAUCUAGUCCAGCACUGUCAACUGCAUUGCCAAUGACGGAAGAAUUGACAAUGCGCAAUGCAAUUUUCAAUAGAAAAACCGGACAGAUGACAAUGUCAAAACUUGAAAAGGAUUUCUAUGAUCUACCGGAAGUGAUAUCUCAGCGUAACGAGAGAUACAGUCUCGUUAGUGAAGUUUACGUUAACGACGGUUAUGCCAGUCCAGCCGGCAGUGAGGACUCUGGACCCGAAAUACAAUACGAGCCAGAAAAUCCAGGUCACCUAACAAUCAAGGUACAGGAUUCCCCAGAGAAUUAUGUCAAGCAAGAUGAAUCUGAAUAUGAACCAGAUACACUAGACCGGAAACCCAUGAAGCUCAAGAUUAACGGAGAGGUAAACUAUGACAAGGAAAUCUUAUCGGAAGUCUACGUAGACUCUUUGGAAAGACCAGCACAAAUUUUAUUACGAAGUAAAGGCAGUUUUCGUAAUGACGACUCUGACCAAUGUCCACCUUUAGAAAGAGGAUACGGAAGUCUACGCGAAAUUUAUGAAGCCAGGAUCAGGUCGAACCUGAAGGACUCCAGUUUUGUAAGUGGUAGCACCAAGUCCUUGAACGGGGACUCUGAGAAGGGAAUGUCCUGGCGCAAGACGAAAUACUUAACACCAGAUUCAAGACAGGCUCGAAGACAAAGAAAACAGAACCAACCGGAUGUAGUGCCAUUGCCACCGUCUGAUGACUUUCGAGAGGCAGAGUCCUGCCAGGAGCUAAAUACCUUUUCAAAAAACGGUUGGGACAGGAGUCAGUCUGAGGCUGGAAACCCUACGGCCAGCCAGGUGGCUCCUGUCGUAAUUCUAACAGGACGCCCCGUAGGGACUCACCGGAUCUUAAAUAGUAAACAGGAUCCUGUACGAGGGAAGAGCUUGAGGAGGGACCUAAAGUCCCCUGAGAGUUGCGUUUGCAAGAACUCUGCAAUUAAUAAACAGACUGGUCCAUCUGCUUCUUGCAAAGGCUGUCCUAGGCACACAUUUUGGAGCAUGGAUGCAUCGAGAGCCCUUAAGGAUAAAAAUUCAGCUGCCUUGGGCAUAAGGACAAAGAACCGGAAGGGCGUGACCUUAAAGGUCGAGGACAGUGGUUACCUCAGUAGCACAGAUAGCAAUGGCUCCCAGAAGCAUUUAUUGAAAUAUGACGUCAGCACUGUCUCGGAGACCGACGAAACGGAGUCUGUCUGCGAUGGAGCGAGCGAGAGCGGCGCUGAGAGCGUCGGGACGGAUAGCGUCUUCUUCGAUAACUUCCGUCGAUUCUCGGAUACUGUGUCCGGUAACUUCCGGUGUCUCUCGGACGCUUCUGGAUUCUCUAAAAGUAUGGAUUCUGGCGUCGAUCUUGGCAGGAGUCAAUGUGUUCCUAGUUUUGGUAUCAGCAAUCCCGUUGGUACCGAGAAGAGCUUUAGCGACAGUGAAAACGAAAGUUUGAUUACGGUUCUCGUACCCGGAAGUCAGCACAAUAGUCUUGUUUCCUGAUAAUGUUAAUUUUAUAACUAGCUUUAGAAAAAUAUGCCUUAGGCCAACGAGUCCAAAGUACCUUGGAUCAAAUCUAACCAUAAGCAGGUAUUCCAGUAGCAGGUUGGAAACCUCAUAUACAUAUUGCUUUGUAUUCGUACUUAUUAUUUCUUACGAGAUCUUUAUGAUUUAUGAAACUUCUAAUAAUAGGCACCGGAUACUCACAUGGCCAGUAACUCAAGAAUAUUACCCUAAUACUAUAAAUUAUUAUUACGUUCCAAGCGCUAUGCGUUUAUGAGUUCAUAUACCGGGUAUUCUGCAUGUAUAUAUAUGUAUAUAUAAUAAAUUUAUAUAUAUGUAUAUAUAAAUUCUGCAUGUAUAUAUAAUAUACAUAUAUUCCUGUAUAUAAAACGAAUAGAAUCUUCUCAAUAGCCUCAUUAAAUAAUUAGUCUAUUAAACAGAUAAUAUAUUUUCGUCUUUAACCGCAAAUAGAUCUGUAAAACCUUCAUAUUCACGGAUACUCAGAUAUACGUUGUUAUUAUUAUUCACACUUGGCAAAACAUUAAUAUCGCUGGUUCCGAUAUUAAUUAGUCAAGAUUUUCUUUUUAGAAAAUCUAUGUGAAAAUGUUAUUUAUUAUAAGAUAAGAAAAAAAAAUCCAAGACUUUUAAUCAAGGUUUUUAAUGGCCGACAGUGCAAUAAUAAAUUAUAUCAUAGCAUUUAAAACGGUACUUAAACGAACUUAUCAUUUUAUCGCUGUACUUAAAUAAUCAUUAGUCUAUUAUUUUAUAAAUUACACUACGAUAUCUUGCCAAGAAGGUAUUAACAUUGAGUAGGUUUUAUUACAUGAAAAUAGUACUAUUGUUACUAUGCUGUUGCAUCUGUAUAUUUUAUGUAUUGUACAGUACCUCGUAUUUAUUUUGCUCUAUCUCAUUUUUCAUAUAUUUAUUAUAACGGUCCGUCAUUAUUCACGUUUGUUAAGUUUGUUGCUCUGGUAAAUUUAUUAUUUUUUUUUUGUUAUUAUUUUGAUCGCUUAAUUUAUUAACGCAAUUAGCAAAGACGCUUAAUGACUCUGUCACUACGAAUUAUUGUUUUUUUUUUUUUUUUUUUUUUUUUUUUUUUUUUUUUUUU